AUGGAUCUUGGUGUCGUUAAAAAGCGUAUCCCGUUGUACCCGAACCCCGAAGAGUUCAAGAAAGAUAUGGAUCAGAUUUUUCACAACUGUUUACUCUACAAUAAGGUUGGUUCCGAUGCGUACGGUAUGGGUGUUGACGUACAGAAGUCGUAUAUUGCCGCAUGGGACGCGAACUAUGAGUCGCUUAUGGCGGCUUUUAAUACCUCUCUCGACUCGAGCGAGCAAGAGGAGCUCUUGAAAGAAUACCAAAUUAAUCGGGUGAUGCCAGAGCUUCCACAAUUCGAGGAGCCUGUUCGGAAGACCUCCUCGCGUAAGCAACAUGAAGCUGAGAAGAACCAGCGGUCGGCGGCAUCCGAGAAGGCCGCAUCUUCCGUGGUGGAGGAAAAGCCCGUCUCGAAGGCGAGAGGGGGUGGCAGGAAAUCAAGCAAGGGCUCCAAGAAGGAGGCUAGUUCAUCACAAGUUGAAGCCAAGGAAGAAGUCGCUGUACCUAAUACUGCGAAGACCGCGACGAGAGCCAAGGCCAGCAAUAAGCCCGUCAAUCGAGUUGCGCAACACUCGGCAUCGAAGUCGAACUCUUCCACCGCUGCGUUCGACAGUGGAACCUGA